CCACCCAGUCAGGUGAUCCUUGUUUUUGUGGAACUCAUGGCGUGUUGUGUUAGUGGUGCAGGAGUAAUGUAAGAUGUAGGCCACACCAACCGACCAUGUGAUUGCUUCAGGAAUCGAAAAAUGCAGAGUGUGUUGGUGUACGGGCGACUUUUCUCACGAGCCGUCGCGAACGGCAUCUACAGUGUAAGCACAGGAGGGCAGGGCACCGCGGCCCCCCACACCUCACCCCCUGCUGCCUCAGCCUCCUCCUCACCCUCGCAGGGAGUCGAGGCUGAGCACAUUAGCACAGCCUCCAGUCACAGGAAAAAACUACGGUUCCUAACAGCAGUCAGUGGUUUCCCAAAAAACAGAACCCUAGAGAAAGUCAAGCCGGGAAAAUUCGGUGACGAUGCCUACUUUGUGGUGAAGCACGCCCAGGGGGACGUCAUAGGUGUGGCAGAUGGCGUGGGAGGGUGGCGGGCAUGGGGGAUCGACCCUGGUGAAUUCUCUCACUCCCUGAUGACGGUGAGUGAGCGGGUGGUGCGGAGUGGUCGCUUCAAAGCCUCCGAGCCAGCUGCCAUUAUCGCCCGGGCUUACUAUGAGCUACUGGAGAACAAGACGCACAUCCUCGGCAGCAGCACAGCCUGUGUGGUGGUGCUGCAGGGUGAUGCUGGCCACCUCUACUCUGCCAACAUUGGGGACUCGGGCUUUGUGGUGGUGAGGAAUGGGUCUGUGGUGCAUCGGUCCCAGGAGCAGCAGCACUACUUCAACACCCCCUUCCAGCUCUCCUUGCCUCCACCUGGCACCAACGCUCAGGUGCUCAGUGACAGGCCUGAGAGCGCUGAAACGUUAGAGUUCCUAGUGAAGGAAGGAGACAUGCUGAUGGUGGCUACUGAUGGAGUAUUUGACAAUCUUCCUGAUUCUCUAAUUGUUAAAGAAAUGGUCAAGGUGCAAGGAUCUACCGAUCUACUAUUACUACAACAGGCAGCCAAUUCAUUAGCACAACAAGCACGUAAAUUAGCUUUUGAUGAAGAUUAUAUGUCACCAUUUGCAAGAAGUGCAAGAGAAAAUGGAAUUAAUGCAAUUGGUGGGAAGCCUGAUGACAUCACAGUGGUGUUGGCUACCAUAACUGUUUAGAAAAGUAAAAGCCAGUGGCCAGCAGCCUGCAGUGUACCACCUCACCCAGUGUUGUAAGAAGAAACAAGGAGCCAGCGAUCUGUCAAGAUGUGCCGUCGUCAUUGUGUGAAGUAUUAGUUGAAGAUUGUCCUUUAUUAGUUUAAUUUUUUUCUCUACACAUACGUGUACGUACACACUUUGUGGUUGUAAAAUUAUCUUAUACAAUUAAUUAUUUUUUUGGUUGAAUACUUUGUAUAUUACAAGUGAGAUAUUUUAUUUUGACAUGCUCAAUUUUUUUUGGUUAAGAUAUGGUUGAUAUGAACUGCUUCACAUCAUAAGACACAUGCUAUAAUCAUUCAGUGAAGAUAGCUACACAUAUAUAUAUAUGUAUAUAUAUUUUUGUAAUAAAGUUUAUGCUAUCCAUGAAGUAAGAAUGAAACAUGAAGAAAGGUUGAGUAACCCUAAGCAAAAUUAUUUCAUGGGUCACACAACAUUGACUUGAACCAAACUGAUACAUAUAAACAAAAAUUUCAAGUGUUUGUUGUUUGCCCACAUGCUGUUUUCAUUCAGGAAUUUCAUUUUGACAAUUUAAUCUUCCAAAGAAUUUCAGUCAUAGAGUUAUGAAUAGUCCUCACUUGUAGAGAGAAAGAGAACCAUUAAAUUCUAUUUGCUGGUACAGUUAGAGGGAGAAUUAAAUGUUGAUAUUUUUAUUGUGUAGUUGCUCUGCAUCUGAUGUAGCAGAUACUUGUACUAAUCAUUACUGUCAUAAAACAUUGCUCUAAACCACUCCCCACCUUUGUCAGGGACUAGGAGACCUGUGAAGGCAAGACAGACAGGAUUUUUACACAGCAUAAUUCACUUCCUUAAUCUCAUAAAUCAUAUAUCUUUCUCUGUGAAUGCAGUCUAGUCAUUUGGUUUUUAAAUGCAAAUGUAGUUAUUUUCACAUGAUCAUGGUUGUUGAAGGACAGAACUUUACUUACGUGGAAAGCAGAAUCUCGGAAACCUAGACAAAACUCAUAUUGGCGAAGACAGCUGUGAGUUACAGUAGUCAGUUUAUCACAGUCGUUAUGAAAAGAUAGUAGCAGUGAAUCCCUUAUGCCUAGCAUCAUAGUAGUGUCACUUAUUUGGGAUUCACACUUAAUAUCACAACAGAUACAUUAUGGUUAUGAAUAAAUGUUCUGAUGCUUCAGAGCCCAUGAGCCAUGUGCUGAUCUUGCUUUUUCUUACAUGUACAGAGUUUAUUUACAGAACCUUGUAAGAAAGCAUGGCUCAUGGUUUAUCAAACCACAAAUUUUCUUUAUUGUAUUUUUACUGUCUCCAGUACAUUUGUAAAAGCAGGUAACAUCAUUGUUCAGACCUCAAAUAUUUUAUGAAGCAGGAGGUAAAUCUUGAGUCAUAACCAGCUGGCGUAAAGAGAAGCUAGACUUGAUUUUCCAGUGAUAAUGAACAUGAAGAUUUAAGGUAAUUACAAAUACAGGAAAUUACUGCUUAUUUACUUCACUUGACAUCAGUAGAACUUAACAGAAGUAAUAAAAGCUGGAUUAUACAAAUGUAUGGAGGGAUGUCAGGCAGUACAUAUGCAGACAGACACACUGCAGCAACAGGCAUGUUGGCAAAGUACUGUGCAACAACCAUCUUGCAGGGCCUUGCAGGGUGGAGUUAUGGUUUGUGAUGCUAAGACAAUGCAAUAUGUAUGUAUAUUUGUAUUAUAUUAAUACAUUAUGUAAAAAAGGGUUGUGUU